AUGGUUCCAGGGAUGAGGAACCUCAGUUACAUAGAUGGAUUGGAGGAGCUGGUGAAGGUUGAGGGCAGCUUUGACAAGGAUAGUAAGCAGCAGAAACAGGAUGUGCCUGUGGAAGCAGAAGAGACUAAAGCUUGCCUGGUCCGCAUUAACAGUCUGGAUAUUCCCAUCCAGUCAUUGGGGACUCCAGUCACAUUCAUCCCUCCAAAUUUAAACAGGGCAAGCUGGGAAAACACAAAUAAUGGUCACAGCAAGGAAGAGACACAGUGUAACUUCUCAGCCUGUGAAGGAACAGCUUUACCUAUAAACCAUAGGAAUGAGGGGAGAGGCUCAAGUGGACAAACUGACUCUGGACAACCAUUGGUUUUCAAUACAUUCUGCAAUAUGGCGCCUGGGUCGGAAAGUCUCCCAGUGUCUGAAGACAAACCAACAGCCAGUGUAGUGGCAGCCUAUCCUCUGGAGUUCAGCACCAUAGUUGGUCCUCCAUUGAGCAUGCCAAAGCGUGAACCCUCACCAACCCCAAGGGCCAUUGCCAGUCAGGCUGACUCUGGGAGCAAUAUCAGGGUCACUCUGGAGGACCAACAACUGUGGCAGAAGUUUCACCAGAUUGGCACCGAAAUGAUCAUCAGCAAAUCAGGCAGGGCUCUGAUACUUGAAUUUAAUCAAGCUGCUAAUCUUCAAGGGUUGGAUGUGAUGGCUUCCAGAGUGGAACAUCUCAGUAAUGAUUGUUCUGUAUGCUGUCACAUCUGGAAUGGACAAGCCACUGGGAGGAUGUUCCCUCAGUGUAAGAUCAGUGUGUCUGGGUUACUGCCGUUCUCCCGGUACAUGAUCAUGGUCGACCUGGUCCCAGCUGAUGGAAUGCGCUAUAAGUGGUACAAGGACCAAUGGGGGGUGUGUGGGAAGGCAGAACCACAGCCUCCGUGUGUGACCUACAUCCACCCGGAAUCGCCGGCUCUCGGCAGUCACUGGAUGAGACAGACCGUCGACUUCUGCAAGCUGAAACUCACCAACAACGUGCUUGACCAGUCUGGCCAUAUUAUUCUGCACUCGAUGCACCGUUACCAGCCUCGCUUUCACAUUGUACAGGAAGAGAACCCGUUCGGAGUUCGAUGGAGCAUUUUCCAGAGCUUCACCUUCCCUGAGACAGUCUUCAUGGCAGUCACUGCCUACCAGAAUGAGAAGAUUACAAAACUGAAGAUUGACCAUAAUCCAUUUGCCAAAGGAUUUAGGGAGGUUGGAUUGAACAAUAAAAGCAGCAUUGAUGCUCAGCUACAUCCAGGGAUUGAUUUUGGAGCCAGGCUCAGCUCCAGCACCCAGCCUUCUGUGGGAGACGUUUCCAGCAGACCCAGCCUCAACAUUAAGGCAGUGCCAAUGACCGAUCUCUCAAGUGACUCACUGCCCACCAAGGACUACCAGGGGGUCUUCAGUGUGGCGGUCAACAGUGCCAGGAAAGUUGGAAAUGUCGGUCGCAUCUACAACCAUUCUGCUGGACCUCUGAGCCCUUGGAACGUCACUGGACAGCAGCUCAAUGAGUUUAACCCCAACGGGCACCCCUCACACCUUAGCACUGGCUUUGGGAACCAUGGGGUGCCCAGCUACCCUGCUGGUCCUGGGAUAAUGGAAUGGAGCCCCUAUCCUCUCCUCCCAUAUCCAUGUUGGUGA